GUGUCACAUGUCGACUUUUGGAACGUGACCCUGAUGCUGUUUGCCGGUGUAGUACUCGGCGUGUAUCAUACGGAUCCCUGGUCCCCAUCCCUGAUGUUGCUCACUCCGGAUGCGGGCGUGGGCAUGUGUAUCUUACACAUCCCCGUCCUGGUCAAUGUUUCCAUACCAGGCCUUGUUGGGCAAUGGUGUGGCCUGGUAACUUGCAGAAUGUUCCCCUGGACCCCAUUCGCUCCAUUCGCCCCAUGUGAGCAUGUCUUGUACUCGAUGUACUUGUAUCUUACAUGGUUUCCGCACACAUGUCCCCGCCCCCGGAAUCUCGCGGAUUUGGUUCCACUCCCCGGCCCCCUGCGGGAACUAGGAUGGAGAUUUGAAAUUGCUGGUGUGACUUGCUGGCAGGCCUGGGCGGGAAGUGAAGUCGCCGUCGUGAAUUGGAACAGGAAGGGAUCAAGGAUCAAUUGA